AUGGGAUGGAAGGCGAUUGACUGGUCUCGGUGGACCACAAAUCCCUAUUAUGCCUUAGUGAUCUUUAUUAUAGCCUGUGGCAGCAUUCCUAAAGGUUACGAUGAGGGUGGCUACAGUGCCAGCGUCAAGCUCGAGUCGUUCAUGGUCGACUUUAACCUUUUGUCCUCUAACUGGACUCACGAUGCCACUGGCUUGGCCAAUCGCAAGGCGAACAUAACUUCCUUUAACGUGUUGGGUGCCGCAUUUGGUGCGUUGUUCUCGCUAGACUUGAAUGAUCGCUUGGGUCGAGUACGGACAUGGCAAAUGUCUUGUUUGGUCUGGGGAUCGGGUCUUUUCAUCCAGGUCUUCUCCUCCGGCAUCUAUGGUCUAUUAUUGUUUGCUAGAAUUUGGAGUGGUCUGGGCGCUGGUGCCUUAACAGUGACUACGCCCUUGUACCUGUCAGAGAUCGCGCCGGCGAGGACUAGAGGCUUGGUAGUGAGCGUUUACAUGGUGGUUUUGCUCACCAUCCUCACUGUGGGGUUCUUUGUCAACUAUGGGGCCGACCUGCAUAUGGCCCCUACCCGGGAACAAUAUCGCCUGGUCCAGUCGAUUCCACUAAUCCCUACGGGCUUAGCUUUCUUUGCCUCCUUCAUCGUACCUGAGACACCUCGUUAUCUGGUGUCCAAGCAGCGGCCCGAGGAGGCGCGAGCUGUGCUAGCUCGGUUCCGUGGGAAAGACAUUUCCGAUCCCGAGGUUGAUGAGGAAUUUAACACAAUUGAAGCUCAAGUGCGCGCCAAGGCAGCAGACUUGGCGUCUGUCAGUCAUUGGCAAGCUUUCAAGGAAUCCCAGUUAAACCCUAAUUAUCGGCAGCGGUUCUGGCUCCUGAUGACCAUGCAAACCAUCGCCCAAUGGACAGGAGGCAACGGUAUCACCUACUACAUUUCUAAUAUUUUCCAGUAUGCUGGCAUCACUGGAAACGCCGAAUCUCUUAUUUCCUCAGGUGCAUAUGGCAUUGUCAAGGUCGUCUUCACCAUGGCGUUUACUUGGGUUUUCAUUGAUUACCUGGGCCGACGUCGCUGCGCGUUGAUGGGGCUGAGUCUCCAGCUAGCUGCCCACAUCUACAUGGGCGCUUACAUGGGUCUGCAACCGGGCGCCGCUAAGAACGAGAACGCCUCCAAUGCCGCAAUUGCAUCCGUCUUUAUCUACGCCGUUGGCUGGUCCGUCGGCCUCUGCACCAUCCCUUACCUGUAUGGUACAGAAAUCUUCCCCACUCGCAUUCGCAACAUGAGCUACGCGCUCAGCAUGACUUUGCAUUGGUUCUUCCAAUUUGCCGUCGUGCGCGUGACACCCAACAUGUUCGUCUCCCUUAACGUCUGGGGUGCGUAUCUAUUCUGGGCCAUCAUCUGCUUUCUGGGCAUCAUCAUCCUCGGUAUCUGGAUGCCCGAGACCAAAGGUGUCCCUAUGGAGCGCAUGGGCGAUCUCUUCGAUUGCCCAUGGUACCUGCGCUGGCGUGCAAAGCCGAAGGAUGUUGCCUCGUCCUCGGCCUCCACUGCCGGCGAGGGCAGUGUCGAUGCCAAGCAAGUGGACAGCAAAAGUGUGCCUCUGUAG